CGCAUACACAACAUCGCAAACACAAUAUACAAGCAGCGCACGCGACUGCCAGACUACUUUCAGCUGCGUCCAGUCGACUUCUACCAACUCCCUUCGUCGCACUCCUCGCCGUCGCCCGACGUCUCGUCAAGCUCUCUGACUCCCAUCCUAGCUCCUCUACCUCGAUAAUCUGAAUCAGGCGCGUAAGCCCUCAGCUUUCUUGUCUUACGUCAAACACAUUCCGAUGGCGACCAAGGCAAUUAUGGAGGUGGCUGCCGACGCUGCGCUGAUUGGACGGUAUUUCGGUCGCGCUGCCGCGGCCGCCACGGCUACGCGCGCUGCUGCUUCCGUUAACAUGUCGACCAGCGCGGCGACCCGAGCCUCCUCGACAGGCCCCACCACCGAGGGUGACGGCCCCGGCGUGCGCAUCGGCAGCAUUCCGUCCGCCGUGGGCGCCCUGAACCUCUCCGCCAGCACCUCGGCCAGCGCCGGCUCUGUCCGCUUCAUGAGCAUGUUCGGCGGCCACCGCACCACUGACCCUGUUACGGCGGAGGCCAUCGCCAAGUACUUCUAAGCUUGCGGCGUACGUUCCGAGGCAAUAGCUAAGGGGCCGUGCGUCUGCGCAUCUUGAUGACAGCGCCGCGCCUAGCGCCUGGAGGUGGUUUCAGCAUGCAUCUUGCGGAUGUGGGUCGGAGGCGCUCGAGGCGCGUGCGUUGAUGUGGAGCAGCCCCAGUCGCCCGCAACCGAUAAGCUUAGGGCGAUUCUUCUAGGGCACAUGGCUUACCCAGUAAAUAUAGGCGUACUUAUUCUUCGCAGUGUUUGCCCGCGCCCAUGCUGGGGCUUGCGGUUGUGUAUCACCAUCAGGACCGUUAAGGACAAAGGUUUGUCCCGGCUAGGAACGCGUAUUUGGUGUUCGCCGUUGCUACGUCCUGCUUGUUAGUAGGUAGCGACGAAGAGUGUGAUGUGGCCACCUAGUAGGCCUAUGGUGUUGCUGCUGAGAGAAACGGUGGUGUGUCAUGUCUGUGGAGAGGCACUGACGGACUGAGAGAUUGUGACUCGCUGUGAAUCAAACAAGCAUGUGUCAUGGUGGGCAAGUGAUGCGGAGGAGUGAUGAGUUGGCUUGCUCGUGGGUUCGAAUGGCAUUGCGGAUUGGGCAUGCCCCCGGACUGGAGAACCCUAAUGACCGGACACCGGACCAAGUUACAGUGAAGAUGCGUGAUAGGCCGAUAGGGUUUGUGCCGCAGUGGGUCUGUCGGACACAGUCACAGGCAAGGGCGAUGGUCUGUACGAUGUGUUAGUGACGAGACGGAGCAAAGGCUUCUGAAUUCAUCAUAGAGGGACUUUGAUGGGGUUGUAGCUUUAAUGCCUGAUAGAUUCAUGUGGGAUGAUUCUUCUAGGAGUGGGGCAUGGUGCACCUGGCGAGUUGCAAGCACGGUCGGGUUGUGAUGGUGAGGCGCCAGUGACCUCAACAGCAGGCAAGGCGUGGUUGAACAUCUGGAUUCAUCCUGUAACCAUACGAUAGA